GCUGCCCGUCAGCAGCAAGAGGCUGAGAUGGAGCGUCUCCGCCAGCAGGCCAACAGGAGCAGUCGACCGCCUCUUGGCCGUGGAGAUGCGCGCAAUUUCUCCGGCGAUUUCCGGAAUCAGCAACCUCCUCAGGACUAUGCGUCCAGCAAGGUCGGAAGUGACGACCUCCGGCGACUCAAGACGGCGCGAAGCUCGAACCAGCCCCCGUCGUUUGGGCCGUCCAGCAUGUUUGGCUCUCGCAGCAGCAGCGGUCGCAAGAACCUAGGCCCUGGUGGCAACUUGGUGCGCGGCGGUGAGGACAGCGGAGCUAGCAGCCGGACGGGCACUCCGCCUGCUGGAAAGGAUAAGAAGGAAGACAAGGAGGCUGCAUCGUCUAUCAAUGCAUUCAGGUAG